AUGUCCAACGCCUUGUGCGCGCGCGCUCCCGCGCGAUUCCCCACCCCCACCCCGAUACUUUUCUUUAGUGGAAACAGAGGGAGAAUUCUAGAGGUUAUUCUCACAAAAACUCAGUAUCAAAGCCUUAACCCAGCCGCAGUGAACUGGUGGAACUCGUUAACAGCAGCAACCCAGCCAACAGACACCGCCACCUUCCCUCCCCUCGUACCAUCGGAGAGCAAGGCAAGUGAGGGCGGCGGGCGAGAGCGGACGCCUGGCGGGGCCGGCGCAAUCCUCGGCCACCACCAGGCCUCCACCGACCCCGGCCGCGUCACCUGUGGAGAAAGCGCCCCCUCCCCCGGCCUCUCUGCCCUUCACGCCGACCGUACCCCCGCCCCCCGUGGCAGCCGCUCCCCGCUCGGCCUGCGAGGACAGAGCUCGGCGCCUGGCUCCCUUCCGUGCUUGCGGGGCCCCAGCGCCUUGAACUGGUUACAACCGGCGGCGGCUACCGAGCGGGGCAGCCGGUGGCGGGAGGGUCCCAGUCGGGGAGGGGGGGAGAGCGGACAGGCCCAGAAGAGCGGGGAUCGCAAGGUCCUACCUAACACCGUCGGUCUCCUCCGUCUCCUCCUCAACGGCAGCGGCCCCGGCGGUGGCGGCGGCAGCGACAUUCCUGGGGAGCGCUCCCGCCGCCGCCGCCUCCUCCUCCACUCUCUGCUCGCCUCUCUUCCCCGGCGCGCUCACCGAGCGCCGCGUCCCUUCAGCCACCUCCCCCCGCCCUCCCCAACACACACACGCCCCGAAACCUUAAGCCCUACAGCUCCCGCAGGCGGGUAA